CACGCGUCUCGACCUCACUCCCUCUCCGCAGCACGCGUCCGCACUCGCUCUUUUGGCCUGCACGCGGCCGCAAUGGCACAUAUUGCUACCUCGCAGCCGCUUUACCGUCUGCUCGCAGAGCAGCUGCCCAAGGAUGUCGCCUUCACCUUCUAUCACUACUCCACGCCGCCCUCCAAGUCGCCGGCCUUGUUCUCCGCCCCGCCGCACAAGAGGUCCGAGCAGACGUUUUGCGAAUCGCACACGCUCGCCGCGUCGAUAACACCGAAAGACGCGGCAGGCUCUCUGCCGCCAGAGGAGCUCCUUAUUCUAGCCAUUGAAGUCCUGGUGUACACCACGAAGCACCUCACCACCAUCUUCGUCUCCAAAGCCGACUCCACUGGCUACAUCUCACUGCUGCACCUCCCGAGGCCACAAGCCGGGUCGCCCCUGAAAGCAAUAUGUGGGACGUUCGUGUCAUGGCUAGCAAGAGAACGGCAGAGAGAGGGCAAGACAUUGGUCGUGUCGCUGUUUGCGAGAGCGCAGGAUCAGUACCUAUUCCCCGCGAGCAUCGAGAACAAGGACAAGCAUGUCCUAGACGACAGGGGGCUAGUCAAAUGGUGGUGCAGGGUACUGGAUCCGAUUGUGCGAGAAUACAAGGCUGAGAAAGAGCAAGAACCUCUCACCGAACGGCUGGCGAAGCGCGAGCAAGCCGCAGUGACAGGCGAUGCUUCCUCCAAAUCCGAGUGCACUGCGAAAGGCUAUCUCGUCAUCCCCGGCUUCGAGCCCUACGAUACACUGCGCUACAUCCCUCCACCGCCCUCGCCGACCGCGCCCCGCCGCUGGGCUACCACACACCCGCUUCUACAACUCGCCCCUCACCCAGGUGCCCCGCCACGAUGCCUCGUCCCACACUUCCCAGACGAUCCUAAGGCGCGCUUCUUAGACGAGCUAGACGAAGAGCUGCCAGAUCGAGGCACGGAUGCCAUGCUCAAGGAAGGCGGAACGCCCUCGCGAAGCAAUGGGCAGUGGAAGAGCGUCAAGACGCUCGAUCAGUUUUGGGACUUCAUGGCUUUUCGGCAAGAGUGCUCCUCCGGCAGGAUAGUCGGCUUUAUUUGGAUCGUCAUUACGCCGCCGAAGCCUUCCAUUCCUGACGAAGACGAAGAACCGUCGCAGGCCUUCUCAUCUGUCUCCCAGAAUGAUUCCCAGAGUACUACCAUCUCGUCAUUACCUGGAACGCCGAAAAAGAAGAUGAGAACCGCACCGAAGCGGAGACGGAGAAAGGUCAAUACCGAGUAUGGUCCGAUCCCGCUCAUCCUCCCGAGGAUCAAAUCGUCAUCGUCCACCCUCUCCACCACGUCAAGUGGAUCCUCAUCGUCCAAGCUACCUCCGGAAUCAAGCGCAUACUUUACGUGGCCGCCCAGCUCUCGGGGUACCGUUGUCUUCCCCGCUAAAGAUUAUAACCGAGCGCAUGAGGUCCUUCUACAGCAAAACUUUGCGACCCGCACCGCCGCGGCUAGAAGUACUAAGAGAUGGAAAGAGGAAGUCGCUGUUCUGGGAGGUGUCGAGGGCUGGAGCAGGACCGUCAUCGGCAAGAAAGAGGUAGCAGGCCCAGCUCCUGGUGCCACAAUCGGCGCGACGCCGGUAAGCAUAAUCGGCGUGAGGAAGAAGAGGAAGCCCGAUGACGCUGCAGCAACGGAGCCGGCUGAGGUGAAGCCUACCGAUGGUGCUCAGAUGCUUGGAGCAGGCUUGGUCCGGAAGAAGGUAAAGGUCGAGAGUACACCUGCACCAAAAGCAAGCGCUGCGAUUGGCGUGAACACACUUGGAGCUGGCUUGGUACGCAAGAAGGAGAAGGCAUGAUCUUUUGGCAACCCGUAUUUGGAUACUUCUGCAUUCGAUGAUUUCUGUUUGAUGAAUUGCUUUGGGUUUGAUGUGUUACGGAUCGGGUUCUUGCAUAUGAGCAUAUCUUGGAUGGCAUUGAUAGGCUCGGGAACUCUGGGUUGCAUAGCACAGCGUUGCAAACUGGAUCUUCAUGGUUCUCGCAUCUUAGCUGAGGUAUCAAUACCCAGUUCAGUCAUUCGAC